AUGCCGGUCCAGCCUUCCACUUCCGUAUCCGCUCCUAAGCUUCACACUCGCCUCUUUCCACCCUCCCCAAACUGGAACGCCCCUAAGGCUAUUUCUGUCUCUCCACCUGUCCUAGCCUAUGCGAGUCGUGAUUUAAUAAUUCUUUUGCACUCAGAUACGCUCGAAUAUAUUGGCUGUCUCGCAGGACAUGGGGAUAGAAUAAACGCGGUGGAGUUGUCUGGGAGAUAUUGCGCUAGUGGGGGAAGUGAUAAUACCAUUAGGUGUUGGGAAGUAGAAACGCGGAAGCAAAUUGGAUACGUCAGCGGGUUCAAGGUUGUAAAUGAAGUGCUUUCGCUUGCCUGGACUGCAAAUAAAGAGCUUGUUAUAGCCGGAGACAAAUCUGGAGAAAUAGUAGCAUGGGACACAAAGACAAACAAAUAUUCCAUAUCAGUCAUAGUGACGUCGCCAGUCUACUGUAUAGCAGCCUCACCAACCGUUGAAGAUGUAGUAGCAAUUGGAUAUCAGAAUGGAUCUAUUGUUAUUCUAAAAUAUGAUUCAAGUCUCCAAAACCAAAUUCUCUACCAAUUACAGGGUCAUGAUAGUGAAAUUCAAAGUUUAUCAUGGCAGCAAGCUAGUCCUACAUCUGCGUCUGCAAUGUCCAUGCCUAGCAACCCUUCGUCUUUUACUUAUCUCAUUUCCGGCUCAAAAGACAGAACAGUACGCAUUUGGGAUGUACCUGAAGAAAAGACUAUUCGGUUGAUUGAACUUCCUAAACCCAAACAACGAUUAACUGAACAGCAAAAAAAUCGUUUGUGGCUUGCAUCGGCGUGGGUCCCGGGAAGUUGGAAAAUUAUUACGAGUUCAUACAUGGGUUACUUAUAUGAAUGGGAUGUUGAUGCUAGCAAUUCGUCAAGUCUAAGUUUUGUUGGUGGACAUAACAGAAGCGUAUUUGCAAUUAUUGCUUAUCCAUGCGGGACACGCGCCGUGACUAUUUCUAUGGAUAGACAGCUAAUAAUAUGGCAUCUUCAAACGCACCGACCUCACCAAUCCAUUCUUUGCCUGGGCAGUUAUGUCUACGAACUCGAUAUCUCCAUCCCUGAUCCCACUAAGCUAGCAAUUGCUUUGGGAGAUAAUACCAUUCGCGUCUGGAACUACUUACAUCCGUCCGAUUUGUUUAGUUCCAUAAUGUUAUGGAAAGGUCUCAAAGGCAAGAUAACUAGUCUGAAAUGGCAUCCUACUCAAGAAGGCGUUCUUGCUUUUGGAACUGACAUGGGUUCAGUUGGCGUGUUUGAUGUCUAUAACGAGAAACAUAAAUUGUUUAAGAGUCACCAUAAAGGAAAAGUUUAUGCUAUUCAAUGGGGAGAGAAAAGGUGGAUUGAGAGGGAAACUGAUGUGGGUAGAACUGAAGAUGGCGUGGAGAGGGAGGAUGGAGAGUUGGAUGGAGACGGAGCGACAUCUAAUAGGGGAAAGAAGGAAGAGAGAAGGUCGAAAGGAAGUGAACCCGGAGACAUGAUUAUAUUUAGUGUUGGUGCAGAUGGUGUUUGUUUGAUGAGUGAUUUGAAAAAAGCAAUUAAAGCAUCUGUAGAUGUGAGGGAAGUCAUUGAAGAAGCAAAUGCAGAGUGGACGGAGACUUUAAAGAGCAACCUGACAGAGCUACCAAAACGGAGUGAGGUUUCUAUCCACCCUAAAGGCAAAUUUAUUGCAAUGGGGAAUACAAAUGGUACUAUUCAAGUAUUUGAAUUGCCAUCAUUUAGGAUAAUAUAUCAAUUUAAUGGACACCGACAGACAGUCAAUCGAAUAUGUUGGUGUGAUAAUGUUCCUGAGACAUCAAACUUUAGAGGUCCUAUAUUGGCCUCAGGAGCUGAUGAUGGGAAGAUUGCUAUCCAUGAUUUAUUUGAUUUGGAUAAAUUACACUCAACAAUCUCAAUCCCUACUUCCUCACCAGCACUUGUACUCAAGUCCCACAAAAGAGGCAUUUCUGGCCUUGCAUGGUCACACAACUCCAAACUUCUAUCCUCUUCUUUUGACGGAACAGCUAUUGUGUGGGAUAUUACAACAGCAUUGCCUGUAUCAAUAUUCAGGGGAUACCAUCAAGGACGACUAUUCAGUUGUGCUUGGAGUCCAAUUGAUGAAGAUUUAGUGUUUACUGGUGGGGAUGAUCAGAUGUGCUUUGCUUGGAAACCAUCUGAGCAUCCAUAUACUGAGAUCUCAGAAAAAAGCUCUACUCCAGCACAGGCUACUUUUUCUCCUGCCGAAACAUCAAUAACACCUGCUCCACCUACAUUGAAACCUCCAGCAAAGAGAGAAGCUACUACUAAGAAAAAUGAAUCUCGUCAUAAAAGACAGAAAAAAGUGAACUUGUUCCCAUCAAGUUCUCUAGGAGUAUCAAGAAAAAAAAUACAAAAAGACAUAUUUGAACUGUCAAAAAAUAUAUAUAAUGGAGAUAUUGAAAAAGCCUUAGCCGUAAAAGAUGUCAAAAAACUAGUUACAGAAGAAGCCAACAAUUCAUUGGGACUGUCAAUGUCAAUUGGUGGUCUGGAGAUCAACCGCAGUCUUCCUCUUGACCUUUGGUUAAAUAACAUCCCAGCUUUGAUUGAACGUUUGGAUAAGAAUGAAGGACUAUCAUCACAGGAUUGGAUUAUACUUGCCCUGAGUCCUCUCGCUGGCAGGGAUGUAUGGCAAUCACUUUUGCGUAAGCAAGCGCAAAAACUCUUGGCUAAAGGUGAGCACCAUGCUGCUGUAAUGUGCUUAAUAGCAUGUGGCGAAAUCUAUGAGGCUAUCAACAUAUACAAACAAGCUGACAUGUACAGGGAGGCUCUAACUCUAGCAAAGAUACGUCUUCCCCAAGAUGAUCCAAUAAUACUUGAUUUACAUUCAGACUGGGCAUUACAAUUAGAGAAAGAACCUUCCUAUGAACAAGCUGCAAUGUGUCAUAUAGCUUCACAAAAGCCAGCAGCCAUCCCCAAUGCACUUAAUGCUGUUGCAAGAGCGGGUGACGUAUCUGGACUAUGCAUGUCAGCAUCACUUGCACUAUUACUUGGUGACUCUUCGGCUGAAGAGCGUUUAACAAGAUAUAAACAAGAGCAAGAAAUCUCUGGGAAAACGCGAUUAUUAUAG